CGUGUGGGGCUGUGCUUCAAGUUGCUCUUCGCUUUUGAAACUGCGCCAUUCUUCUGUCUGUCAACAUGGCGGGUACAGUGGCAAAGAAGUGUCUGAGUCCUCUGGGUUUCAUCACCAGGAGGCUGUCUGCUCCGGAGUUCAUCACCCAGUGCUGCUACCACAAGAAGGUGGUGGAUCAUUAUGAGAACCCAAGAAAUGUGGGCACGUUGGACAAACAGUCCAAGAAUGUUGGGACCGGCUUGGUGGGCGCUCCAGCCUGUGGAGAUGUAAUGAAGCUGCAGAUUGAGGUGGAUGACCAGGGGAAGAUCGUGGAUGCCAGGUUCAAAACUUUUGGCUGCGGCUCUGCUAUUGCCUCCAGCUCUUUGGCCACCGAGUGGGUGAAGGGAAAAUCUGUGGACGAAGCUUUGAUGAUAAAGAACACUGACAUUGCCAAAGAGCUCUGUCUUCCACCAGUUAAACUUCACUGCUCUAUGCUUGCGGAGGACGCUAUCAAGGCUGCCCUGGCUGACUAUCGCCUCAAGCAACAGGAUGACCAGCAGGAGGCAGUCAGGGCCAGCAAUUAAACGGAGCACUCGCUCUCUGAGCUGGGCGCCACUUGCUUCCUGCUGCCAAGAAGAGAAGUAGCAGUGGUCCAGCAUGGCCACCUCACUUUCCUGAAAUAUUAUAGUAUAACGUUGACGAUAUGUACACCAUCGUCAACCCUAUGUAGCUGUGUUACACCAGGCUUUCUGUCCUUUAACCCUGUAUACUGUACCUUUUAGCCUGUCACAUAAACGCACAAUGUGUAAACACUGUUUGGGUUGUUGGUACAAAAGCUGAGCCUUAUUUUUGAGAUUGUUUUAAGUUUGAGGAGUGUUGAUUUUGAAUGGUGUGAUGGAGAUGGUGAAUAAAGCUGACAGCUUUUUCAGUAUCCACCUGCACUCCCAAACACUGACCUUUUGAUAUGCAAAGUGGCUUCAAACAAUGAGAGGGUCCACUGAAUUUAAGAUUAAUUUAUAAUUAUUUAGUAAUGCUUCCUUGACAGUCUGCAAUAAAAGUAUCUUGAAUCACA